AUGUCCCACCCACUCUCUCUCAUCACCUUUCUCUCUCUACUCUUCAUCCUCUCCCCUGCCGCCGCCACCACAAUUGGCGUCACAUACAUCUCAUCUCCGGGCCUUCCUCCACCGGAAGACGUUGUUGCCAUUCUCCAAUCCCUAAAGAUCACCGCCGUCCGCCUCCCUGUUCCUGACCCUAACAUCAUCCGAGUUUUCUCUUACACAAACAUCUCUCUCUUCCUCGCUAUUCCUAAUUCACUCAUUUCUUCCAUCUCCGCCAACCGCUCGGCGGCUUAUCGGUGGCUCUACGAUCACGUAAUUCCGUUCUAUCCACGUGCGCACAUCACCGCCAUAUCCGUAGGAACCAAUGUCCUCGCUGAGGGCGAUGUUACCUCCGCCGAUCUCGUCAUCCCUGCUAUUCAUAACAUCCAUCGAUCCCUCAUUGACAUGGGGAUCCGGCAAAUCAUGAUCUCCACAACUUUCUCCUUCGUCAACAUCAUGACAACAUCGUUUCCGCCUUCCUCCGCUGAGUUCCAAGAACCUGCCAGUAAUCUCAUCAUCAAACCCUUACUCGAUUACUUGACGGAAACAAACUCUUCGUUCUUUGUGAGUUUGUACCCCUACUCUGUCUACAAAUUACGACCGGAGAUCCCUAUCGGGUUCUCUCUGUUUCAAGAACACGCUUAUAACUUCAGAGAGGACACAAUCACCGGCGUCAGAUACCGCAACUUGUUCGAUCUGAUGGUGGAUGCUGUUAUUGCAGCGAUGGCUGUUGCUGGACACGAGAAUAUUCCGGUGAUUGUGGCCGAGACAGGUUGGCCGUGCUUCGAUCCCUUCAAUUCAGUAGAGGCGCGAGACGUUUACUCUAAAAUGUACUUGCAAGGUUUGGUUAAGCAUCUCCGAUCAGGCAAAGGGACGCCGCUAAGGAAAGAAGGGGUGACGGAGGUUUACAUUUACGAGUUGUUUGAUACCAACGACACUGCAACUAAGGGUUUGAAGAGUGAUGGGACAGGGCAAAAAUGGGGGAUUUGUUACCCCAACAUGACUACCAAGUUCGAAGUUAAGUUCUCCGACGGUGGCUCCACCAUGAUGAUAUCGGUGCUGAUCAUAGUUAUGAAGUUCCUAUUACUGAUAAAUGGUCUUCUAAUCUCUUGCUGA